GUAACAUGUUCGGCUGCCGCCCCACGAGCCCCAAGGCAGGGGUAGAGGAGCAUCUCGCUACCAUGCUCGGUGGAAUUCGCAAGGGGUGCUGAUCCUGACGCAUUCCAAGGAGAGCAGCCACACAUUAACACAGAAAGGAGUUCCGAGGAAUCCGGCAGGUGGAUAGGCCAUCACCUAUCAAUCCCACAUUUUGUCACCAUUCUCUUCCCGUCAACAACUACAUCUAAUAGUAUCUACGACCAACAACUUGGGAUUCGAACCAUGGAGCCUCCCCAGCACGGACAAAGCCAGCUGGUUCGUAUUGCCGAAGACAUCCUAAGCCACACCAAAAGGCUUGUUUCCUGUCUGUCGGAUCGCUCUUCCGCUCCGCCAACAAGCCUCGAGGUUGGUGCGCACUCCGAGCUUUGGGUUUCUGAUAUACACGAUGGCGGCGAUAGUACCAUCGAACAACACCGCAACGCCUUGCGCGGCCUCGUGCAGCAGUUGGAAAAGCUGGUAGAAGGACCCCACGGCUUCCUGCACGAGUAUGUCUCCACAAACUGGGAGCACGGCGCCUUGUAUGCUCUCCUCGAGUUUGGUAUCUUGGAGCAAAUCCCGCUCGACGGAGCCAUAUCCAUUGCUCAACUGGCCGAGAGGCGGGGACACUUGCCCUCCGAGAAGCUGCUGCGCGUCUGUCGAUUGGUUGCCUGUGCCGGCAUCCUGAAGGAGACGGAGGAAGGCGUGUUUGCGCAUACCGCCAUCUCUGAGGAGUUGGUCAGGGAUGCAGGGUUCAGGUCGUGGGUUGCGUUUCAGCUGUACGAGACACGGGUAGCAAGCGCCCAUCUGGCCGAUUCGCUACGGCAGAGCAAUCCUUUCUGGGAAGGGCAGUCAGCGUUCGAGUACGCAUGGGGUCUACCGAUGUAUGACUGGCAUGCGAAGCAUCCAAGACAGGGCCAGCGGUUUGCCGAGGCUAUGGAGAGCGUUUCAAAGAAUCUCGAUCCUGGAAACAGCAUGAUCCUGUCCUGGUUCUCGGCCCAGUCCGGAAUCCACGAAGACGAGACGGCACUUGUUGUCGAUGUCGCGGGUAAGACGGGUUCGUUUGCUGCGGAGCUGGCCCGCAGCUUCCCAAAACUCAAGUUCGAGGUCCAAGACUCGUCCGAGACGUUAUUAAGACGCGGACAAGAGAGCUUGCAGCAGCCGCUGACAAACAGAGUGAUCUUUCGGCAGAGGGAACUCUUUGCCAUGCGUUCUUUCGACGAACACGUUCAGGGAGAAGAACUCUUGCCGCGCGUCUUCCUCUUGCGCAGCGUCCUCUGGUGUCUCAAUGACGAGUCCUGCAUCAGACUGUUGCGCAGCUUCAUACCCGCUCUCCAACAUGCCAGCCGCCCUGCGCUUCUGAUCAAUGAUCUGGUGUCGCCGGUCUGGGGCACCUUCGAACCGCACAUUGAGAGGGCAUUCCGCCGGCGCGAUGUGACUGUCAUGACGAUGCACAACGCUAAACAGAGGACGUCAGCCGAAUGGGAUGCGCUGUUCCGGGCGGCCAGUGAUCGCUUCCGGAUCGAGUACCGGGAGGCGUAUAGCUCACACAGCUGUCGUGGUCUCUGGACGAUCCAGCUGGAUGCUACCGAUGCAGGUGGUCGGAGUUGAUUGAGAAGAGAAACCAGUUUGUUAGAAGCAUGCCGGCAGACUAGGUAGACAAAUCACACUUGCAAAUCAC